AUGGCAGACCUAGCAAAGUCAGCUCAACCAUCACUUCAGUCCGCAUCCUUAGAUCUGGUUCGCCAGCGGGCUGAGCACUGCUUUAAUAUCUACCAUACUCAUGCAGAAACGCUAUUCCCACUCUCAGUAAUUUUAUUGUCCUCCAUCACAAAAUCCAGUGCAAUUCAUUCAUCGUCCUUCCUUUGGAACACACAAUCGCAAGGAGCAGUUAGUUCAUCAUAUUACGGACUCGUCCGUAUUCUUAAUGAAGUUGCAAAUUAUUUAGAGCAGAUGGAGGUGUGCAGUCACAUGGACUCACUAGAAGCUCCAUCUCUACAAGAUAGCCCUUCUUCUACAGACCAAUUUCAUGAAGUUUCACUGGCUUUGUGUGCACCGUGCUUUUUAUAUGACAAUUUGCACUCGUUUUACACUUUAGAAUCGCCUCCUUCUGUAUCUGCAGAACCCUUUUAUAAACGAAUCUUCUCAUAUAUUUACCCAUCACUCUCUUCUCCACGUCCCUUCCAGAUACAGAAAAGUGUCAUAACUGCACAUAAGAAGCACUGUCUCGAGCUAAUACUGUCUGAAAUCAUCAAUGCUAACUCACAAUGCAAAGCAUCAUGCCAGGUCCUUGUCAUUUUAGCUACAGUUAGUGCCUCAUCACUCAGUGCAAAGUCUGUUAUUUUCCUUAGCACUCCACAUCUCUCUGAUCAUAACUCUACAUUGUUAAUAAUACCUGGCCCAGUUGCACGAAAAGAAAUCGUGGUCCCCAAUCUUCAAGCUGUCAAGGUUACAGGGCAAAUCCCUCCGGUAAACAUUCAGCAGCACGUAGAGACCCUAUCCUUCACUAACGUCGAAUCCACUUUCAGACUCUUUUCUCGAAACAAACCAGUAGCUUGGCAGGUCAUAAGUCCGUCCCAUACGGGCGUGCUGCUACCUUUUAUGCAGAAGUGCAACGGUCUCCACAGCUGGGCAUCAAUUGCAGAGAACAUUCGUGCAUAUAAUCUUCCGGUGAUAAAGAACGCAUUAAAGACUGCAGCACGUAUACGUACUAGCAAGGUGCGGCGAGUGAAGUUGCAGAAAACAAAGCGGAGCUCCUUCUUUUCAUUCAAGUCUGUGCCAGGCCAAAAGCACUUCUUACUUAGUCGCAGAAAUGUCCCUUCUAAGGCUGUGCAAGCCAAGAAGACUCUUGGCAUAAACCGUGGAAGUCUCUUUUGCUGCCACAUGUCUCCAGGCGAAUAUGAUUCUCAGCUACCCUUUCAAACACGCAUUCCGUUGGCUCUUACUCAGGAUUCCACACCUCAUCUACGAGUGAAAAAGCAGUUUACUCCGCAGCUAGCUCAAUCCACUUCAGAAGCAGGAAUAUAUAGUUUCACAGUGCAGCUGAGGUUACCUGAUGGUUCUGACCCCAUGCUGACUGUGUACAUUGCAAAGGUAUCUCUUCAUUUUUCAGAGGCCCAAGGAGCGGUUUUGCUCCCUAAUUCUUCAGAACUCUUGCCCGUUCCUUGCACCUGUGAGCUCCCAGUCGGCAAGUUUCUGACCAAUAAGAGUGCUCAUACAAAGUAUGGCCUAUACAGUUUACACACACAGCAGAUUGAAUGGCAGCCUUCAGGCAUCAAAAGGUAUAGCGGUAAUACAACAGCAUGCGUGUCGCUAAACGUACAAUAUCAUAGUCAAGCUAUGCCCGGGCUAACUUCAUAUCCUGCUGUCGAUGUGUCCAUCGAUAGCAGAGUAAUUCCAGAUGUCGUGUACAUCACUGACAUCAUUCCUUAG